GAGAGAGAGAGGAGAGGAGGAGGAGGAGGAGGGAGAAGGGAACAACCUACCAUCUUAACACACUAAUAUCUAAAAAGUGCGAGAGGCCCAGAGCAGCAGCAGAAGCAGCAGCAGCAGCUCCAGCUUCUUCCCUCCCUCCCCAUGAAGAAGAGUUCCCUCCUCCUCCUCCUCCUGCUUCUCCUGCUCAGAGUUCCUGCCUCCAGCUGCCAGGGGGGACAGCCAGCCAGCAGCAGGAGGGCUGCACACACCCACUUGGAGACUGGUGUUCUAGAUAGGCCAUUCCUCCUGCAGAAGAGCCAGCCAUGGAGACAGCUGGAGGACAGUUGGUAAAAGGAUUGAACCCAGGACCUCACACAUGCUAGGGGGCUAAAGAGCUGAAGGAGAGCUACUUUCCCCAAAAUCGGACUUCUCAGAACCUUUAAUAUGCUAAUGUGCAUUGUGAAUCUCCAAGAGGGGGAUAUGAUAUGCAGCAUUCUUGAAUACUUCUAAUGACAGGGAGCUCACUACCUCAUAAGCUGCAUCAAGAAGAAGAGUUUGUUAUUUUAAACAGAGGCUGAAAAACUAUAGAAUUAGCAGACAUAAGAGAAAGUGUGGAGAAGGAAGAGAAUGGAGUUGCAGACUCUACAGGAGGCUCUUAAAGUGGAAAUUCAGGUUCACCAGAAACUGGUUGCUCAAAUGAAGCAGGAUCCACAGAAUGCUGACUUAAAGAAACAGCUUCAUGAACUCCAAGCCAAAAUCACAGCUUUGAGUGAGAAACAGAAAAGAGUAGUUGAACAACUACGGAAGAACCUGAUAGUAAAGCAAGAACAACCAGACAAGUUCCAAAUACAGCCAUUGCCACAAUCUGAAAACAAACUACAAACAGCACAGCAGCAGCCACUACAGCAACUACAGCAACAACAGCAGUACCACCACCACCACGCCCAGCAGCCAGCUGCACCCUCUCCCAGCUUGACUGCUUCACAGAAGACUGUAACUACAGCUUCUAUGAUUACCACAAAGACACUACCUCUCGUCUUGAAAGCAGCAACUGCGACCAUGCCUGCCUCUGUUGUGGGCCAGAGACCUACCAUUGCUAUGGUGACCGCCAUCAACAGUCAGAAGGCUGUGCUCAGCACUGAUGUGCAGAACACACCAGUCAACCUCCAGACGUCUAGUAAGGUCACUGGGCCUGGGGCAGAGGCUGUCCAAAUUGUGGCAAAAAACACAGUCACUCUGCAGGUUCAAGCAACACCUCCUCAGCCCAUCAAAGUACCGCAGUUUAUCCCUCCUCCCAGACUCACUCCACGUCCAAACUUUCUCCCACAGGUUCGACCCAAGCCUGUGGCUCAGAAUAACAUUCCUAUCGCCCCAGCACCUCCUCCCAUGCUUGCAGCUCCUCAACUUAUCCAGAGGCCUGUCAUGCUGACCAAGUUUACCCCGACAACCCUCCCCACAUCCCAGAACUCCAUUCACCCUGUCCGUGUUGUCAAUGGGCAGACCGCAACCAUAGCCAAAACGUUCCCCAUGGCCCAGCUCACCAGCAUUGUGAUAGCUACUCCAGGGACCAGACUCGCUGGACCUCAAACUGUACAGCUUAGCAAGCCAAGCCUUGAAAAACAGACAGUUAAAUCCCACACAGAAACAGAUGAAAAACAAACAGAGAGCCGUACCAUCACCCCACCUGCUGCACCCAAACCAAAACGGGAAGAGAACCCUCAGAAACUUGCCUUCAUGGUGUCUCUAGGGUUGGUAACACAUGACCAUCUAGAAGAAAUCCAAAGCAAGAGGCAAGAGCGAAAAAGAAGAACAACAGCAAAUCCAGUAUACAGUGGAGCAGUCUUUGAACCAGAGCGUAAGAAGAGUGCCGUCACAUACCUAAACAGCACAAUGCAUCCUGGGACCCGGAAGAGAGGUCGUCCUCCAAAAUACAAUGCAGUGCUGGGGUUUGGAGCCCUUACCCCAACAUCCCCCCCAUCCAGUCAUCCCGACUCCCCUGAAAGUGAAAAGACAGAGACCACAUUCACUUUCCCUGCACCUGUGCAGCCUGUGUCCCUGCCCAGCCCCACCUCCACAGACGGUGAUAUCCAUGAGGAUUUUUGCAGUGUUUGCAGAAAAAGUGGCCAGUUGCUGAUGUGCGACACAUGUUCCCGUGUGUAUCACCUGGACUGCUUAGACCCRCCUCUGAAAACAAUUCCCAAGGGCAUGUGGAUCUGUCCAAGAUGUCAGGACCAGAUGCUGAAGAAGGAAGAAGCAAUUCCAUGGCCCGGAACUUUAGCAAUUGUUCAUUCCUAUAUUGCCUACAAAGCAGCUAAAGAAGAAGAGAAACAGAAAUUACUUAAAUGGAGUUCAGAUUUAAAACAAGAACGAGAACAAUUAGAGCAGAAGGUGAAACAACUCAGCAAUUCUAUAAGUAAAUGCAUGGAAAUGAAGAACGCCAUCCUCGCCCGGCAGAAGGAGAUGCACAGCUCCCUGGAGAAGGUAAAACAGCUGAUCCGCCUCAUCCACGGCAUCGACCUCUCCAGACCUGUGGACUCUGAGGCCGCUGUGGGGGCCAUCUCCAAUGGCCCGGACUGCACCCCCCCUGCCAGCGCCACCACCUCCACACCGGCCCCUUCCCCCUCCUCCCAGAGCUGCGCAGCGAACUGUAGCCAGGGGGAAGAGACUAAAUAACAGAGCCCUCACGGAGAAGCCACGGGAUCCCGGCGGCAAGGAGAAAAACAACACUGAAGACUCUAGAAAAGCAAAGCCGGAUUUCUUCUGGAAAGUACAGGAUUCUUUUGGUUCUUUGGUUCCAGAGAGAGGGAAGAUGCUUGUGCCAGGUGGCACCCGAGUUUGCCAAUUGAUCCUUCUUAUUCUGUGUGUACACGCGAAGAUUGGACCACGUUACAUGAAAUAGUGCCAGCUGGAGGUUCUUUGCCAGCACCAUGCCAAGUGAAAUAAUAUAUUUACUCUCUCUAUUAUACACCAGUGUGUGCCUGCAGCAGCCUCCACAGCCACGAUGGGUUUGUUUUUGUUUUGUUGGGUGGGGAGCAGGGAUGGGCGGAGGGAGGAGAGCAGGUUUCAGAUCCUUAUUUGCCGAGCCGUUUGUCUAGGUAGAGAAGACAAGUCCAAAGAGUGUGUGGGCUUUCCUGUUUCUAAACUUUCACUACUAUCAAACCAAAAAAAUGGAAAUCGAGAUUUAACCAACCCAGUGCCCAGAAAAGGGAAGGGGGAGGGGCUGGGAGGGAGCAAGGGGGGGGAAAGUAUAUCAGAUUAGCAGUAUUUAACAUUGUCUGGGGGGCUAGUGAAGGAGAGACGGACGCCAAGCAGCCACUGGCUCCCCUCCCAGCCCGCUCCUGCGCUCCCCCCCCCACUCCCUCCUCCCUGCCUGGUGCAUCCACAUGGGCGACCCCCUCAGUCCCUCUGGAGACCAAGGCAAGCCCAGCCAGGGGCAUGCUGACCUUGCCUGAGGCAGGGAAGAAGGGUGUGUGUGUGGUCCAGCGAAGAAAAAAAGGUGAAUCAGUGAUUUUACUUGAAAACAAGCUCCAUCCCUUUUCUAUAUUUAUGAGAAGAGCAGAUCCUGAGUGAAGCAGCACGCGACCCAGGUGUGUGAGAAUCGAAUGGAGACAUUUCUUUCCUCUUUUUUUUUUAUUUUUUUUAUUUUGUUCUUUUUUCCUUUAAACAAAGUUUUAUUUUGUUGUUUAUUUUACUUUUUUUGUAACAAAAACUAAAAUAAGAAAUAGAAAAGCUGUUUUUCAGGCUGACAGUCCAAUUAAGGGUAGUCGAGACCUUGCAUGGUAGAAUAGGAACCAUAGUGUCGGUGAGGUCCUGUGAGUCUGUGUGAGUCCUUGUGUCAUCGUUCGGGCACUGUUUUUUUAUGCAAGGGCAAAAAUCUUUGUAUCUGGGGAAAACAACAACAACUUUUUUAAAAUUAAAAAGGAAAAUAAAAGAUAUUGAGGUCUUCCUAGUGUUACUUAAAUUAAGAUCAAGGUAAGAAACAUUGUAAAAAAAAUUACAAAAGUGCUAUUUGUUUCCUAAAAACAGUGAUUUCUAUUAAAAAGGUGUCAGAACUGGAGAAA